AAGACGCGCAUAGUAGACGGAUUUAGUUACUUAAAACAAGUCAAGUGACAAAGGUGCUUUUUUGGCUUUGUGUUAGCAGGACAGUUUGGUGUGGUCGGUAAUCUUGGAGAAAAAAAGGAGAAAGAAUCGAGUUUUGCGCAAAGCGGCAGCAGCUGCCACUUGGUCCGGUACCGGGGGAAUGAAACCGAGUGAGACGCGCUUGUCCCUUGUACCUUAUAGUUGGAUUCAUGUUGUCUGAACGUGUUUUAAUAUUAAUAUUCCGUCCACAGCAUCUCUGAUUCACAGACUCGAUCAUGACUGUUGUGAGGACUCUUGACGUCAGAGGGGAGAAUCAUCGCUGAGGUCCAAUGGGGGGAAUAUCAAGCGAGGCAGAGCUAUCGUCCUACCAACAGUAUUAGCCAUGCUAACCGACGGGCACCUCGCUUUUCCACAGGACUUAAUCCUCCAAAGAUGACGGUUUUACUCAACUACGUGAAACAAAGGGCAUUUUAGUUCUUCUUUUAUGUUGUUCUCCGUCUCUUUCUGGGUCCCCCAUCUCUCUCAUCUCCAUCUCCUCUUGUAUGACAGGCACGGACAGCGCGCGAGCUCGGGGGAGAAAAAGGCAUUGCAGCUUCAUGGCACUGAGCUAUGAUUCACUCUCUUGCAGCAGCAAUGAGCAACCAACUUCAAAACACCUCUUCCCUCUCCACGGCGGGCACGUGGAAUCUCCUGGAUGUGCGGAACUCAUCACCGGUGCGGACAGCAGAGCUGAGGCCGCUUCCCGUUAGCCCAUGGGACAUUGCACUGUGUGUGACAGGCACGCUCAUCUCCUGCGAGAAUGCAAUCGUGAUUGCCAUCCUGUUCUACACGCCCACCUUGAGAGCUCCCAUGUUCAUUCUGAUAGGGAGCCUCGCGUUUGCGGACCUGCUCGCAGGACUCGGCCUCAUUCUCAACUUCGUUUUCAUCUAUAUGCUGAACACAGAGUUUGCAACUCUGAUCUCUGUCGGCUUGCUGAUCGCCGCCUUCUCCGCAUCAGUGCUCAACAUCCUGGCCAUCACAGUGGAUCGCUACUUGUCCCUGUACAAUGCUCUGACCUACCACACAGAGCGCACGGUCACAUUCACCUAUGUUGUGGUGGUUCUCAUUUGGCUGGUGUGCAUCACCCUGGGCCUACUGCCAGUGCUCGGCUGGAACUGCCUCAGAGAUGAGGCCAGCUGCAGUAUCUGCCGGCCGGUCACCAAGAACAAUGCCGUGGUGCUCGCUGUGACGUUCUUGCUGGUGUUUGCCCUCAUGAUGCAGCUUUACCUACAGAUCUGUAAGAUUGCCUUCCGCCACGCACAGCAAAUCGCUGUUCAGCACCAGUUUAUGGCCAUUUCCACCACAAAAGGUGUGUCCACGCUCUCCGUCAUCCUCUGCACCUUUGCCGCAUGUUGGAUGCCCUUCGCCAUGUAUUCGAUUGUGGCAGACUCCAGCUACCCAAUGAUCUACACGUAUGCAACAGUGCUGCCGGCGACAUGCAACUCGGUCAUAAACCCAAUCAUAUACGCUUACAGAAAUCCGGACAUCCAGAAAUCCCUGUGGCUAGCCUGCUGCGGAUGCGUGCCGUCCAACUUCUCCUUGCGGCCAAGGACAUCGAGCGAUGUAUAGGUCGGGCUACCUAUGAGUUAUGUCUAUCUCACAUAAUUGGUUUGUACCGUGUCAGUGUUAAUGAUAUGAUGUUUUCCCUUGAUGGGAUCCCAGUCAAUUGUUGUGGGUUGUGCAGUAGCUGUUGCGAUCCAAGAUGUCAACCUGCAAAUGUAUAAUUAGAUGUCUUUAAUGCAUAGUACACCUCUAUGCACAAAAUAUCAAAUCCUAUCAGACAUGAAACAGUUCAAAUUGAACAUGAUCUGAAUAAUCUAGAUAUGUCAUACAGGCCCAGUGACAAAAAUCAAUAUACUAUAUAUCUAAAAAACACCAUUAACAGUGAAAUGAUUACAAAAUCAACCCAAUUUGUGUGAAGAAAGCUGUAAAUUGUGGACAGCUUACAUGUACACGUUCAUGCUAUAUAGAGUGCUUUCAGCACCAUGGACAGCGGCAGGUACAAUGAGGCUAUUCCCUUGCAAACCUGCCUCUAACACUUAUAUCUGUGUUUACUUAAAAAUGUAUGAAUGACAAAAAGAAAACACAGUCCCGCGAGUGAAAAUUAUACAGCUUCUGGCAUCUGUCGCUUUACAGCCAGUAAAUCACUUUUUUUAGUUCAUCUCACUAGCUGAAAUUAUGAUGCAAGAAAAAAAAAUGACCUCUUUUCAUUUAAGCGCAAUUUAUUUGUUACUACAAGUCUUUUGCAGUGAAACUUCAUAUCAUAAAUUUAAGAUUCCCUGGGAAAAGCCUAUUUGUUUAGACAUGCUGAAUUGUUUUUUUUAUUGUCUAAUGUCCCUAAUGACUUCAAAAUUUUGGUUUCACUAAAACCAAAAUUUUGUUUUUAGUGCAUAACGGCGAGUUAAUGAAGGUUUAAGCUCAAAAUGAGGUGUCAGCCACAAUGCUUUAAAUUUGACACUCUUGACUCUUUCAAAGCAAUUUUGCAAAAGACCCAACUGGGACAGGAACACUUAAAUGAGACAAAUGCUUUGGGUCUGUACAGCAAAAUGAUCCUGGUGAUUAUCAGAUAUAAUUGAGUGUGUAGACUGUAAAAUUAGCCCGUCAGAUCAGAGAUCAGUGUUAGGGGCAGGCUUGUGUGUAAACAGAUCUACAUGUAGGCCUAUUUAAUGAUCAUAUAAUUAGGCCAAAAUGGGACAGAAGGGACUUAAGUUAAGAUUCAGCCAAAAAGACCUUGAAGUGGCAUGUGAGAUUUAAAAAACACAUUACUGAAUCUGCCAAAUUGGAUAUAUAUUAUGCUGUACAACCAAAAGACACACAAGAAACUCAAAAACCAAAACCGAGGAACAUUAUGACUCUUAAAAUGGCGCAAAUGAAACAUCACUAACAGCUAAACACUCUCAGAAAAAAAGGUAUGGCUCUGUCACUGGGGCAGUACCCUAAGGUACAAAAGUGAAAAAGUACUUCUUUGUACCUUCUUUCCCCCUAAAUGGUACAUAUUAGUACCUUAAAGGUACAGUAUUAGUACUUUAAAAGUACAUAUUAGUACCUUUUCACUUUUGUACCUUAGGGUACUGCCCCUGUGACAAACUCUGUACCUUUUUUUCUGUAAGUGAAGGAUUAGUUGUAAUAUUUUAUAUGCAUAGAUAUUUGUGGAGCUUGAAAUAUGACCAUAACAAAGCCUUGUGUUUUCAAGGGGGGGGGAGGGGGGGAGGGCUGUUCUUUGACAACCCCUCAUUUGCAGCAAAGAAUCUUAACUUAGGCCUUACCUUUUCUCUUCUGCAAUAAUGAAUCAGCUUGUACCGUUCAUUGAUAGAGCUACAAUCACAAUGAGGCCAUCAACAGAGCUAAUUUUACUUCCUGACUUGAACAUGAUUAAAAGAGAAUAGGUUAGUGAGACCAGGGUGUUUCAGCUCUUUAAAUCAAAUGUACUGUUUUCUAGGAUGCGCUUUUGCAUUGUAGUACAAGUAUUCAAAGUUGGCCUUGAGAGCCCAUCCAGAUGCCCUCUGACUAACCUCAAUACUCUUAGUGACCUGUACGAAAUCUGAUGGACUUUUAUGUGGAGUUAUUUCACAGUCUGGACACUGUGGAACAAUUCUUCUUUGUGCGAUUGUGUGAUACGCCUGAUUGUUUGUUUGUCUGUGUUUGAGAGCGAGAGGACCAUUUGUUUAUAUACCACUCACUUAUGUCAGGAGUGGGGUUCAGUGACCUGUCACACUGUGCCCACCUAUAAAAAAUAACCCACCCCACAUAAUACACGAAACCUAGCAAAUAUCAAUGUUUUUCAGCAAAUCUCUAUCGUUAUGUAAUGUAUCUCCACUACAAUGUACUCAAUGGGAUGCCAUAGAUUCAGUUUGUUCAGGGGUGCAGCGGUUAUUUUUCUUAUGCAAUGCUGUAUGAAAACGUAUAUUUUUAUACACAUCAGGGCAUGAGUUUUAUGAUGUCGUUUUGGUGUGUGAGUAUAUGUACGUGUGUUCAGUAACUGUGUUCUUAUCGAUGUUUUCCUAGAAAAAGCAAAAACAGAAAAAACUAAACAAAAAACAAACAAAUGAAACAAAAAAAAGUGUGUUGGCAAGGCAGAAAGUGCCAUAAUUUCACAUACUAGUGUCUUACUGAGUUCAUGCAUUAAUCAUAUCAGUAAAAACAAGGAUUUGAUUUGUAACAUCACCUGACUGUGUUGACAGUACCAUUCAGCUUCAAACCUGCAAUGGUUGAAGUACAGCUUUGUGCCCAGAUUAUAGGCAGCUUGACUACUGAAGACAGACAAGACAUAGUUUGUUUAGUAGCGGAUAGUUUUAACAGUAGGGUCUAAAAGCUAAAAAAUAGACCCAGAGAACCAGAUGGUGCACACGUUCAGUGCCAAGGGAACGGCUGCAUUCCACCCUCUCUCUUGAAUACUGGAGCCCAGUACAGCUACUGGCAAUACAGUCCUCUCUUUAGUGUUCUGUUGGACUGGGACAGCCCUUUUGUGUGCCAGACUACAGACAGAUGGUCCACCCCCAGCCUCAUGCUCAAAAGUGACCUAUCCAAUUACUAACACCACAGAUAUCAUCACAGAAUUUAAGUAUGCCAGACAGCCAGUCAUCUAGAAUUUCACAUAUCUUCAGUCAGUAGUGGAUAAAAUAUAAGACGACUGCAUUCCUCUAGAGCUACAGCACAGGCGAUGGGGGCUUAUUUUCAGAGUUACACUGAGAGAAAGAAGAACAGUCUAGAGUGAGACUAGCAUACCUUAGUCCUUUGUCAUGACGUCACUGCUGGCGUACAUAAAUGGAGAGAGGUCGUCUGAAUGACGGCACCUAACCGCAUGGAAGCUCUAUUACCACUAAAUCUAGCCCUGCUAAAAAUAACCUUGAGGAGCAUGAAAUGUUACAUUUAUCUAGGGUACGUGAAAUCCGUUUUCUGGGCCAUUAAGCUGAGCUCUGUGUUUCCCAUCAACAACUACAUUAGAGUAAGAAGGCGCCUUCCUAAAAUAAGGAAGGGGAGAGAGACAGUAAUCCUUUAGAAGAGCCUCUGGGUUAUGUAACCACUGCACCCAAAUGUAGCUUAUUCUACAAAAAUCCAAAUCUCUUGUUACUGAUGAAGUCUCACUAUGAUCCACAAUCACUUUUGUAGUCAUUUAUAGAGCUAAAGGAAAGGUCUUGUGUAGGUAAACUGUCAGCACAAUUAUGUGGCCCUUAUUAGCAAGCGGUCAGAGAUGUGGAAGGGUGCUCUGAUACUGUGAUGUAAUUGUUGUUGAUCAUUUUCUUGCUUUGUUUGUUUCUAUUUGUGUUGUGAACUGAAAUCUGACAAAUACGAUGCACUUUAUGAAAGGAACAUGCUACACAUUGCAAUGUAAGUGUGGAAUGUAAUCCUUCCUAAAAAUGAUUUAUUUUUUAUUACUGUAAAUAUGACAAUAUCAAGACAAAUAGAGAGUGGGUGAGAAAAAAACAACAUGAGGAGAAUACUUUGUCAAAUAAAAUUCAGCAAACUCGA